AUGCUACUAGGAGCUAAUCAACAACAGAAGCAAAAUUUACCCAGCAUUUAUAAUGUUUAUAGUCAAACAAGAAAGUAUUUAAUCCUUUAUAUCAUAAGUGGUCUCGGUUUUUUAUAUACAUUUGAUGAAACUGUUUACCUUCCAUCGAUGUCAACUAUCGUCAACGAGUUUCAGUCGACAGAGACGCUAGGUUUACUUACUGUUAGUAUCUAUCUAUUCACAGCCAGUCUUUCUGGUUUAUUAUGGGGAGUGUUAUCAGAUUUCUACGGACGUCGACCAGUGAUUAUCUAUGGAUUGAGUAUAUUUACUUUCUCUGUCAUUAUGUGCUAUUUUUCAACCAAUAUUUAUAUGUUUAUCAUCUGUCGUGCAAUACAGGGAGGUUUAAUUUCGAUAACAAUUGUUGUAGUACAAGGAAUAAUCAGCGAUCUGUAUGAGCCACGAGUUCGGGGAGUUGCAUAUGGAAUUUAUUACACUGCAUAUUUUACUGGAAAUGCUCUCGGACCAGUGAUCGGCGGACAAGUUUCUGCGUAUUUUGGAUGGAGAUCAACACUGUUAGUAGCUGCAUCAAUCUCAUUCGUUCUGCUUGUAAGUUAUGUCAUAUUUGUGCCGGAAAGUCAACAAUACGCGGUAAUGUGUGCAUAUGAAAAAGAACACGGAGGUAGUUUAUUGGAAUCUGAUGAGAUCUGUAAACCAACAUUCGUCAAUCCAUGUGCCAAUUUGUUGUAUCUGACUGACUCCACAGUUCUUCCUUACAGUGUGAUGCUUGUGGUGGGAUAUGUAUCUAUGAACUGGACCUUUCUAUUUCUUCCUCUCAAACUUUCCCAACCACCAUAUUCAUAUCGAGAAAAUACAGUUGGAAUAUUACUCACUAUGAGUGGAAUGGGCCUCAUUGCAGGUUCCCUCUGUGGGGGUAUUCUAUCGGAUCUGGCUGGUAAUAAACGCUUUUUGAUUUCUGCAAUUCCCGAAGCACGAAUCAUUCCUGGACUAAUAUUUUCUAUUUUGACCGUUGUUGGUUUGAUUUUGUAUGGCUGGACACUUCACUAUUAUUGGUCUGCUGCUCUGCUGAUCCUUGGCUCUGGUUUAUCCUGCUUUGGCCAAACAGCUGCUCGACCAGGAGUAAUGUCCUACUUUACUAUCAAAUAUCAACAGCAUGCCGGCGGCAUCAUUUCAGUGAAUAGCUGUUUACAACAAAUGAUGACAUCAGUGGCUUUACCAUUGACUGAUUAUAUCAUUAAUUUCAUGCGCCAAGGACCACUCUUCACAAUUUUAGCGACCUGCAAUCUCUUAUCAACGAUCGUUGUUGCUGUCAUCGUCUGGAGAAAAAUUCAUCUAGUAGUGAAUCUCGAGAAAAAGACGCUUCUUUGA